AAACUGUUCGAUCCCUGAAUCUGGAAGCCAUCACUGUCCCCUCCUAGCACAUUGCCAAAAGCCCUGUUCUCGACAUGUCUAUUGUUCGCUACACGGCUUGGUAUGGCAUCCACGAAUGAUAAGAAAGCGGACCAAUGCCUAACAGUUACGAUAUAGGCUCCAGCAUACACCAAACAUUUGGCCCCACAGCAAUCUAAUCCAAACUAAUCAUGUUGCAACGCUGCAUGCACCGAUCCCAUGGCCUUGUCCCCUGCCAACUUUUCUCAAUGACAAGCACAGUUCACUGUCAAGAUGUCCUUCCCCUGGCCUAUAAAUUCAGCAAGCGUCUAGCUCAACACCAUCACCUCUUCAUCAGCUCAUCCACCAACUGAGCACUGCAACAUCCAUAUCACACACUUCAAAUUCUCACAAAGAUAGAGAGCCAACCAUGGCCAGUGCCAAAAGACUUGCGCAAUUGGCAAAUAAGUGGAGGGUUGAAGCACUUGGGAGGAAGAGGCUCACAAUGUCAGCCAAAGAAGACCGAGACUGCUGCAGUUCUAUACCGGCCAAGGGCCACUGUGUCAUGUACACAGCCGAUGGGAGGCGUUUCAAGGUCCCGUUGGAGUACCUCAGCACGAUGGUCUUCGGCGAGCUCCUGAGGAUGUCUCAGGAGGAAUUUGGCUUUGCAAGCGAUGGGAAGAUCACACUGCCUUGUGAUGCCGGAGUGAUGGAGUAUGUCAUGUCCCUGCUUAGGAGAAACACCUCUGCCGGCGUCGAGAGUACAUUGCUGAGCUCUAUGGUGACAUCUUGCCACUACACCGGCCAUAUGAUGCCUACUGUUGGAGCUAGUCAACAAAUUUGUUGUUUGUAGCUUCUGAAGAAUAUGAAUGCAGAGACCCUGAUGUUGCCUUCUGUUUUUUUGUAGUUUGC